AUGGCCGAGGACAACUCAAUGAUCUCUCCAGAAGAGCUGGAACUCAUCCACCAACGUACUCUUCGCCGUUUCGACUCGAUCGUCCCAACUUCUGGCAGAGAAGGAGAAGAGAUUUCAUCGGACAUUUUCAAGGGACGCACUCUUGCUAUUUACACAUCCGGAGGAGACUCUCAAGGAAUGAACAGCGCUGUGCGCAGUAUCACUCGUAUGGCCAUCUACUGUGGUUGCAAGGUCUAUCUGAUCUAUGAGGGAUACGAGGGAAUGAUCGAGGGUGGUGAUUUCAUCAAGGAGGCCACAUGGAACACGGUUUCGGAUAUCAUCCAACAAGGAGGAACUAUCAUAGGAUCAGCUAGAUCUUCAGAGUUCAGAACUCGUGAAGGACGUUUGAAGGCCGCCACCAACCUCAUCAACCGUGGAAUCGGACGUCUCGUAUGCAUUGGAGGAGAUGGAUCUCUCACCGGAGCCAACACUUUCCGUCUCGAGUGGACCGAUCUUGUCCAGGAGCUCGUCCGCACUGACCGCGUCACCCCAGCCAUGGCCAAGAAGAUUCCAUACAUCCAGAUUGUUGGACUUGUCGGAUCCAUUGACAACGAUUUCUGUGGAACUGAUAUGACCAUUGGAACCGACUCGGCUCUUCAGCGUAUCAUCAGUUCGAUUGAUGCUGUGGUUGCCACUGCACAGAGUCAUCAGAGAGCUUUCGUUAUUGAGGUGUGCCAGAUUUUUCGGAAAAUAAAGGCAAACAAAAAUAAACUUUUCCAGGUCAUGGGCCGUCAUUGUGGUUACCUUGCGUUGGUUGCUGCGUUGGCUUCUGAAGCAGACUUCUGUUUCAUCCCUGAAUGGCCAGCACCAGAGAACUGGCGUGAUGUGUUGUGCGACAAACUAUCCCAGAUGAGAUCCGAAGGACAACGCUUGAACAUCAUCAUUGUUGCCGAAGGAGCUAUUGAUCGGGAUGGCAAGCCCAUAACUGCUGAAGAUGUCAAGACAGCAGUCAAGAAUAAGUUGAAGUACGAUACUCGCGUCACUAUUCUGGGACACGUUCAACGUGGAGGUGCUCCAUCAGCAUUCGAUCGUCUUCUUGGAUGCAGAAUGGGUGCUGAAGCGGUGUUCGCAUUGAUGGAGAUGACUGAGGAGUCAGAGCCUUGUGUCAUUUCGAUUGAUGGAAAUGUGAUGGUCCGAGUUCCCUUAACCAAGUGUGUUGAGCGUACUCAAAUGGUUCAAAAGGCAAUGGCAGACAAAGACUGGGAUACUGCUGUCGCUCUCCGUGGUCGUAGUUUCCAGAGGAACCUUGACACUUACAAACUUCUCACCAAGAUGAGAACUGUCGAAAAAGAUAACCUCUCGGGAGGGCACAAGUUCAACGUUGCUGUCAUCAACGUCGGAGCACCAGCCGGAGGAAUGAACGCUGCAGUUCGCUCCUAUGUCAGAAUGGCUCUCUACCAUCAGUGCACAGUGUUCGGUAUUGAAGACAGCUUCGAAGGUCUUGCCAAUGGAUCCUUCAAACAGUUCAAAUGGUCUGAUGUCACCAACUGGGCAAUGUACGGAGGAUCGUUCCUGGGUACUCAGAAGAGUCUUCCAACUGCUGAAACGAUGCCAAAGAUUGCCGAGCAACUUAAGAAGCACAACAUCCAGGCUCUUCUGCUUGUUGGAGGUUUUGAAGCCUAUCACAGCACCAUUCUUCUGGCUGAGGCUCGUGACAAGUUCCCAGAGUUUUGUAUUCCAAUGUGCGUGAUUCCAUGCACCAUCUCCAAUAACGUUCCAGGAACAAUGGUGUCCCUUGGAUCCGACACUGCUAUCAAUGAAAUCUGUCAAAUGAUCGACAAAAUCAAGCAAUCUGCCACUGGAACCAAACGUCGUGUGUUUAUCGUGGAAACUAUGGGAGGAUACUGUGGAUAUCUGGCCACUCUCUCUGCCAUAAGUUCCGGAGCCGACAACGCCUACAUCUUCGAGGAGCCAUUCACCGUUCAAGACCUCUCUGAUGACGUUGAUGUCAUUCUUUCCAAGAUGGAAGUUGGUGCCAAGCGUUACCUGGUUGUUCGAAACGAGUGGGCUGACAAGAACCUGACCACCGAUUUCGUGCAAAAUCUGUUCAAUUCGGAAGGAAAGAAACAGUUCACCACUCGUGUCAACGUUCUGGGACACGUUCAACAGGGAGGAUCACCAACUCCAUUCGACAGAAAUAUGGGCACCAAGUUGGCCGCGCGCGCUUUGGAGUUCUUGCUGAUUCAGCUCAAGGAGAAUCUGACCGGAGACAACAAGGUCAUCGCUAAAACUCCACAUACCGCCACUCUUCUCGGUCUCAAGGGUCGAAAGGUUGUGUUCACGCCAGUUCAAGAUCUCAAAAAAGAGACUGACUUUGAGCAUCGUCUUCCAACCGAACAAUGGUGGCUCGCACUCCGCCCACUCCUCCGUGUUCUCGCCCGUCAUCGUUCCACUGUUGAGAGCUCCGCCGUGCUCGAGUCUGUCCAAGAGGAAGACGCCGACACCCAUAUGUUCUAA